AUGAAAGAAAUCCAGUGCCUAAUCGGACAAGUCGCCGUGCUCGGGCGGUUCAUAUCCAGAGCCACUGACAGAUGUCUCCCCUUCUUCCAGCAGUUGAAGGGUCACAAGAAAGCGGAGUGGACCUUGGACUGUGAGCAAGCUUUUCAACAGUCGAAGCAGUACCUAGGGUCACCGCCUCUGCUGUCCAAGCAUGAGGAGGAGCCUCUGUUUCUCUACUUAGUGGUUUCAUCCUCGGCAGUCAGCUCGGCACUCAUUCGAGAGGUGGAAGGCAAACAACGCCCUGUUUACUACAUUAGCAAGGCAAUGGUCCCGGCCGAGACCAGAUACCUGAGCAUGGAGAAAUUGGCUCUAAGCCUAGUCGUCUCUGCUCGGAGGUUGCGCCCAUACUUCCAGAAGAUACUUUGUCAAGGGUACUUCUGGCCAACUAUCCGAGAAGAUUUCAAGAGCUUUGUCCAAAGGUGCAACAAAUGCCAAAGAUUUGCUGUCGUUCCGAGGCAGCCAGUAGAAGAGAUGACCCUUAUGAGCAGGUCGUGGCAGUUUGCCCAGUGGGGGAUCGACAUUAUCAGGCCUCUGCCUCCAGGAAAGGGGCAGACCAAGUUCGCGAUUGUGGCCGUUGACUACUUCACCAAAUGGGCUGAGGCCGAGCCAGUGAGGAAGAUUACUGAACAGAAGGUGACAGAUUUUGUGUGGAAGAACAUCAUCUGUCGGUUCAGAAUCUCAUGCACCAUCGUGUCCAAUAAUGGGAGACAGUUCGACAACGACAGGUUCUGA